UCCACGAAGCCGUGAGGUCAUCGCUGCUUGUACUUUAUCUUGACUUGACGGAGUAAAGGGUUCCAUUAUGGAAAAUACUUUCUACUGGCGCAACAAGGUGGCGGUGGUCACUGGUGCCUCUGUGGGAAUUGGAGCUAGCACAGCUUUGGAAUUGGCCAAUGCCGGAAUGGUGGUUGUGGGUCUAGCUCGCCGAGUGGAACUCAUUGAGGCUCUCAAGAAUCAAGUGUCCGGUGAAGGCCAAAUCUUUGCCCGCAAAUGCGACCUCAACGAUGAGGAGCAGCUGACUAGUACCUUUAGUUGGAUUCGUGAAAACUUCGAGGCCAUUCAUGUACUCAUCUGCAACGCUGGCAUCUUGAAGGCCAACUUUCUGAGCGAGUCCCCCAAGAAGGAUAUUAAGGAACUGUUUGAUACGAAUGUGGUGGCCACCGCCAGCUGUCUGCGGGAAGCACUGAAGCACAUGGCAGCGGUCAAGGGUCGCGGUCACAUUGUGGUCAUGAACAGCGUGCUUGGCCAUCGGAUUCCGGAAGUGCCGGUGCCCUUAUUCAGCGUUUAUCCGGCCACGAAGCAUGCAAUUACGGCACUCUGCCAAACGGUGCGCCAGGAAAUACAUUUUCUCAAAUUAAAUAUUAAAUUAACGAGCAUCUGUCCGGGCAUGGUGGACACGGACUUCCUCAGUGUUUACUCGCAGGCGGUGGCCGAGCUGCCCAAGUUGCAGGCGAAGGAUGUGGCCAAGGCCGUGCUUUAUGCCCUGAACACUCCCGAUGGCGUCCAGGUGGAGGACAUCAUCCUUCAGCAGAUGCGGCAGGUCAAUUAACCACUGAAUAGAUUUUUAAAUAACCAUUUUCUUUCCUUAAAUAUAUUAUAACAUUGUAAUAAAAGAAUGUGCGUAAAACUUA